AUGCAAACAAAUAAGACAAAAGCCGAGGCGCUGGAACGGAAGGCCAAGCUUGCCAGGUCCUACCAAGAACUCCUUGACGAAUUCUCGAACAAGGAUCUGAAAAAUGUCGGAAACUAUGGACUCGGGCAGCUAAUAGGCAAGGGUUCUUUCGGAAAGGUCUACCUCGCCAAACAUAAGCUCACCAAUGGCUCCAAGGUGGUUCUCAAAUCUGCCAAGAAGGACGACUCGAAUCUAGCCCGAGAAAUUCACCACCAUCGACAGUUCGUCCAUCCACACAUUGCGCGUUUGUACGAGGUGAUUGUGACCGAGUCGAUGGUGUGGUUGGUGCUUGAAUACUGUGCAGGCGACGAACUCUACAACUAUCUCCUCAAAAAUGGUCCACUCCCUCCUGAAAAAGUGCAAAAGACAUUUACUCAACUUGUGGGCGCCGUGUCUUUCGUCCACCAGCAAUCUUGCGUCCAUCGAGAUCUGAAACUCGAGAAUAUUCUGCUGGACAAGCACGAGAAUGUAAAGCUUGUCGAUUUUGGUUUCACUCGCGAAUACGAGGGCAAGUCGAACUACCUGCAAACGUUUUGCGGCACGAUAUGUUAUUCGGCACCAGAGAUGCUCAAGGGCGAGAAAUAUGCAGGAGAAAAGGUGGAUGUAUGGAGCCUGGGCGUGAUUCUAUACGCGCUCCUGUGCGGUGAGCUUCCUUUCGACGACGACGAUGACAAUGUGACAAGGACAAGGAUUUUGUCUGAAGAGCCAAAGUAUCCGGACCACCUGCCAGUUGAUGCCGUCUCCCUGAUCAAGCUGCUCCUGUCCAAACGCCCUUUGCUGCGACCAACAUUGCCAGACAUUCUACAGCACCCGUUCCUGGCCGAGCACGCACCCCAACAACAAGCUAUUCUAAAGUUGCGUCAGCCACCGCCUUUCAGCACGCCUCUGGAGAAGGAUUGCCUAGAACGGAUGCGCUCUGCCGGUGUGGAUAUUGACCAAGUGAUAGAAAGCGUAUUGGCGCAGAGAUGUGAUGCACUUGCUGGUUGGUGGGCUCUACUUCUGGAAAAAGAACAGCGGAAAGCCAAGCGGCGGGAAAGGAGACGCAAGGAGAAGGAAGCCGAGAACAGAAAUUCUCGUCGAUUUUCUGGUGCAUCGAGUAAGCUUGAGCGUAUGGCGCCGAUAUUGGACGAGGACGGUAUUCUCAAGGAGCCCCCAUUGCCAAGGACGCGCGGGAGGAGUGAAAGACGCAGCGCGCAUUAUCCUUCUGACUACAACGUCAUGGAGCUACCAAACCUCCCAGAAACUGCUGGCUAUAGCCCCGAUACUGAGGUACCACCGACUCCUGUAGACAAGGAUUCGGUUCGCUCUGCCAGUACGUCAAGGCAUCGAAGGCCAAUCCCUCCACCCAAAGAAGGAAUCCUCCGGAGUGCGAGAUCUAGAGGCUCGACUUUGCACCUGGUGACGACUUCAGAUGUUCUGAGCUUGAAACCGCCGGAACAGCCAAACACAAAGAUUCGGAGGAAACCUUCACAGUCCAUCAUUCACCACUGGAAGAAUUGGAAGCAUUGGAUUGUGGACACGACACGAAGACACAAACCCAGCAAACGAGGCACUCAGUCAACUCCCAAUCUUGCCGAAAAUGCCGAGUCUGGCAAGAAUUCGAAAAACCCAAGUCCGAGGCCGCAUACCAGCAAGCAGUCCACAUCUGCUGCUUCGGGACCAACCACGCCUGGUACUCAAACGCAGUUUGAUGCUCGUCUAAAGACUCCCAGGGCAGAGGGUUCUUCGCCAAAUAAUGCUCUGAACGCGACGUCUCAGAAUCUAGCAUUCCAUGGACGUCGAAUGAACUCGUCCUCGUCCUACAAACGGCAGUCAUUGUCCCCUGGUCCCAUGACGCCUCGAUCCAGUGUUCGACGUUCGUCUGCUGGACUUCGCGGACGCAAAUCAACCUCAUCAUCGCUCAGUUCGAUCCGUACAAUGCCGCAUCACCACCACACUCACUCGAAAGCGUCAUCUACGUCGUCCAACGGUUCGAUAUCGACAAAGACGCCGCUAGCUUCCGGUCGAUCACCGCACCACUCGGUGAAAGUACUCCCCGGGACUCCCACCGGUGCUUCGUUUCCCUCCAAUAUUCGCUUUGCACGCGGCCCACCGCUGACAUUGAACUUUGGCGAGAGGUUGCCAUCAUACGACCAAAGCCCCCCUCCUUUGGGCAGCCCGAGUCCAUUUUCCAACAGCCAAGGUUCUUCCAUUUUCUUUGCCAAGCGAAAGAAGAACAUCUUCAAAGGUCCCAUGCUGCAGUUUGGCAAUCAUAGUCCCGCGCCCGGUACAAGAAAAAGAGACAGUGGAAGUCACUCGCGCAAUGCUAGCGCUUCAGGGCUGGGAAGAAGAAGUGGGGAGAUGCCUAUUCAAGAAGAGGACGAAGAGGAGGAUGAAGAUGUGUUGAGAGACCAAAGCUUUGACCAUCGUGGGGUCGAUGAAGAGAGCAUCGAAGAGGUUGAUCAAUUCAGUCCUAUUAUUCAGGCACCUGGGGAGCUGAUUGAGGAGAUCUACGAGGCGGCAGCCGAAGAGAACGAGAAAAGCCCAGCAAAGUUGGAGCACGGAGGCGAGAUUGCAGCAGCAAGGACAUCAGCUUGA